CACAUCACAACGCUUAAGUAGAACUUGCUUUCGCACUUGCAUCCAAACGUAUUUCCAGACUCAAAACUGAUGGCAGGUCCCAGCGCUGCGUGUUCUCGGGAAACUCUCCUCCCCCCUGAACAAGAUGGAGUACCAAAGGAAGAUUGCGAUCCUGAGCGCUUAGAGUAUGAAAUGGGACCGUUGGAACUAAGCAGGAGGGCUCGAUGGACCAUACUGGCAGGAGUGUGGCUGGCCAAAUUCCUUGUGCUACCUUUUGGCGACUGUUCCUUUAAUCCGCUCUAUGGGAGACUAUGUGAUGCGAUGGGACGAAGAGGUGCAAAUCAAACUGCUCUCGUCCUUCACGUCCUAGGUCUGUUGGGCUGCGGUCUCUCGAGGAACAUGGAGACGUUGAUUGCGGCUCGUUUCCUGGCUGGCAUCGGUGGAGGAGGUCUCGUUACUACUACCCAGGUCAUCAUUUCGGACAUGUAUAGCGUUCGGGAGCGGUUGGGUUGUUUCGAAACAUUGACUGAUUCAACAACGUGGUUAGAUGUGUUAGGCACAGGCCUGGGCGGCGCUUUGGGAGGUUUGAUAAACGAUUGGCUUGGCUGGAGAUGGGCGUUCCUCAUCCAGCUUCCUCUUUUCAGAAGAAAUGCAUGGGAGGCUCUGAAAUGCGUAGAUUAUGCUGGAUGCUUGUGUGUCCUAGGCGGAGUUGGAUCGUUUUUGGUUUUCCUUUCUCUACAUUUUAAUAGUGACAUUCCUUUGUCUGAUCCAUUGGUCAUUGUAUCAAUCGGACUCGCCAUCGCUUUCGCCAUCUUAUUCAUCGUCGUCGAAUUCUACGUAGUCGAAGAACCCAUCCUCCCUUCGUGGCUACUCAAGAAGCGCAUUCCCUUACUUGUCGGCAUCUCCAACAUCCUCGUUCCACAGUGCAACUUUGCUGUGAUGUACUUUUAUCCAUUAUGGUUCCAGAGUGUGCAGUUAUCCUCGACUUCGGAGGCUGGUGCUCACCUCUUUCCGAAAGCCGUGGCUGGAACUCUUGGAUCACUCUUUGCAGGGUGGAUGAUCAAGAAAACUGGAAAGUACAAAAUCUUGAUUAUCAUCUUUGGAAUUUUUCCCACCAUCGCUGCUUUCCUCAUCGCCAACCUUCAAAUGGACUCUGGAGCUUGGGCCCAAUGGUUUAACAUCGCACCUCUUGGGUUUGGAAAUGCAGCCGUACUGCAAGCAACGACAGUCGCUCUCCUAGCUUCCGUCGAAGUUCAACAUAUAGCCGUCAUGACAGGCUACACUCAGCUGUUCCGGGGUAUUGGGCAAGCAUCUUCUGUUGCGAUAUCCUCCGCCAUGUUUCAAACGCGACUCCUUUCCGAGCUUCGAUCGCGAAUUCAUGGACCUGAUGCGGAGAAUGUAAGCCAUGAAAUUCGUCAUUCCGCCAAAGUUGUCGCCUCUCUUCCUUCGGACUUACAGCUGUCCGCUCGAGAGUCAUAUGCGAUCAGCUUGAGAACAGUUUUCUUUUAUGCAGCCGUUUGCAUGUUCAUCUCUUUCGUUGUCCGGCUUGGGAUACCGGAGAUCUCGCUGGAUCGCAGAUCGAAACCAACGCCUCAUCCCAAGUCCUCGCGUCAGAGAAGUAGACGGAAUCCUGGGGUUUGCAUUUAGAGCUUAAACUCAGCCUUGUUCAUGAAUAAACCACGGGGAUGAGACUUUGAAAGUUCACCCAUUCACGGACACCGAUAAACUACAGGUGCAUAUCUUCUGUCCUUACUGUUCAAAACUACAACAAAGAUACAAAUAAUGUCAUGUUAUCGACAGCGCUUAUUCGCAUCUUAUUCCUUAUAUCACUUAUACCCCUGAACAUAUGGUUACAAUAUUGUUAUUGGUGAUCUUUCCAGUGUCCCGCUACGUGAU